AGUAACCAGUCGUGUUCUGUUUCUUGUAACAUGCAUUUAAAGAAAUAAUGUUGGAAAUACUUGUUCAAUGAAGAGCGACUAAAAUGCGUUUCUAAGAGAAACAUUUACUGCUUUUGGAAGGAGGAUUUUUUUUUCAUUUAAUCACAUACGGAAAAAUCACGACAGUUUGUUUUGGCCCGGAAGACUCUAUUCCCAAGUCAAGAAAAUGAAUCGAUACCACAGAAAAUGCCGUUAUAGCAACAUGCACUGUGUGAUCGUUUGCCUGAUCGUUAUUGGAGGCCGGGCGCUGUGCCUCACAACACGUCCUAAUAUUAUCUUGAUUUUUGCAGAUGAUUUAGGAUAUGGAGAUUUAGCGUGUUACGGGCACCCAACUUCUGCUACUCCAAAUCUGAAUAAAUUAGCGGCACAUGGACUUCGCUUCACCGAUUUCUAUAGCGCCAGCCCCGUAUGCACUCCUUCCAGAGGAGCUCUUUUAACAGGCCGCUAUCAAACCCGCUCUGGACUAUAUCCUGGCGUGCUGUAUCCUGGGUCCAAAGGUGGGCUUCCUCUCAAUGAAACUACAAUUGCUGAAAUUCUGAAACCCCUGGGAUAUGCCACUGCUAUGGUUGGAAAAUGGCAUCUGGGUUUUGGGGUUAAUCGAACCUUUCUUCCUGUUCACCAAGGAUUUGACACUUUUCUUGGUGUACCUUAUUCUCAUGACCAGGGUCCCUGCCAGAAUCUGACCUGUUUUCCUCCAGACAUCAAGUGCUAUGGAAUGUGUGACCAGGGCAUAGUCCCACUACCCUUGCUAUUAGAUGACAAGAUAAUACAACAGCCUGUUUACUUUCCUGAACUUGUGCCUCAGUACAACAAGUUUGCAUCUGACUUUAUCACCCUCUCUGCAAAGCAUGAUCAACCCUUCUUUCUGUACUAUGCAUCAGAUCACACCCACUACCCUCAAUUUGCAAGCAUUAAAACAACUGGGAAGUCAUUAAGGGGACCAUUUGGUGAUGCACUAAUGGAAUUUGACAAUUCUGUAGGGAUCAUUAUGAAAACGCUGAAAGAUAAUAACAUUCUUAACAACACAUUUGUUUUCUUCACCAGUGAUAAUGGGCCUGAACUAAUGCGCAUGUCUCGUGGUGGAAAUGCUGGGCUCCUGAAGUGUGGAAAAGGAACAACAUAUGAAGGAGGAAUGAGAGAACCAGCUAUCGCCUACUGGCCAGGAAAAAUCCAACCAGGUGUCACACAUGAGCUGGCAAGUACUUUAGAUCUGCUGCCUACUAUCGCAGCACUUGUUAAAACAAAGCUUCCCAAAGUACAGCUGGAUGGAUAUGAUAUGGGAGAUAUCCUGUUCAGACAAAGCAUGGGCAAAAGAAAAACCAUGUUCUAUUAUCCGGUUGACCCUAGUGAGAAGCUUAGUGUCUUUGCAGUACGCUAUGGAAAGUACAAGGCACAUUACUUUACAAGAGGUGCUGCACAUAGUGACACAACUCCAGACCAUGACUGUCACCUUAGUGCUUUUUUGAAAGCUCAUGAUCCACCCUUGCUUUUUGACUUGGAGUCUGAUCCAUCUGAGAACUACAACCUUGUCAACAAUGAUUCCAUGGCCAAACUUAAGCCUGUCCUAGACAUGAUCCAACAGGUGAAAGUAGAAUUUGAGAAGUCAAUGGUGUUUGGUGAAAGCCAAAUUGGAAAAGGGAUAGACCCAGAAUUGGAACCAUGUUGUGACCCAGCAUGCACUCCAAAGCCUACAUGCUGUCAGUGCUCUCCUUUGUAAAGAAUGUAUAAGUGAGUAAGCUAGAACUCACAAAAGCAUUCUGUCAAAGGAAUCAUUUCAAGAAAUGGCUUUAAAUGUAUCUAAUAAUAAGAAACACACCAUGUGGGUUUCCUUACAUUCAGUCCUGGAGGGCUACUGUGGCUGCAGGUUUUCAUUCUAACCAUUUUCUUAUUUAGUGACCAGGUUUUGCUGCUAAUUGACUAUUUUGCCUUAAUUUACAUUGAGUUGCUAUUUAAGUCGUGGACCCUUUGUUCCAAAUACUAAAUGUAACAGCCAAAUACAAUGAGUUACAAACGAGCCAACACUUAACUAGCUAAUCUGUGUCCAUCAUACACAGUAUUUAAAAAAAAAAAAAGAAUGGAGAAGGUCUCAGUAAUGUUGUCCACUCACUUU